AUGGCUUUCACUUCAAUUUCAAUGAAGAUGGUGAAAAUUGUGGCGUUAUUCCUGUUCUUGUUCUUGAUUUUUGGAGAAAGUACGCCGACCCAGUUGCCGGAAUCGGUAAAAGAAGUUUCUGAUGCGGAAAAAGUUUCCGAUGCUUCUUCUCCUCUCAAAGUUGAACUCGACGAACUCAAGUCAAAGAUUUCGCUUUUAGAAUCAAGUUUGAAUGAGAAAGUUCAAGAACUUCAUAGCAAGGAGAAGGCACUGGAGGAACUAAAUAAGAUAAAUGAGGAGAAAUCGCAAAUUCUAACUUCACUUCAGAGAGAAGUCUUGUUACUUAAGGAUAAAGUAUCUUCAAAUGCUAAGAACCAAGAGGAUGAGGCUCAUGGACGUGCAACAAAACUUCAAGAACAGUUUAACAGUUUAAAGAAAGAGAUAGAAGCUCUAAACAAGAACAAAGAUGCACUUGAAGCCAAGACGAUCAGUGCAGAAAAGAAAGUCCAAGAUUUGAACCUAAAACUUGAAAAUCUUCGUCAGUCAAAUGAUGAACAGCAGUCCCAGAUUCGUAAGACUCAACGAGCACUUGAAGUGGCUGAGGAAAAAUUGAUGAAAGCUAAAACGGAGGCUGAUUCUCUUGCUAAACAGCUGAUGGAGGUUCAAAAUGCGUGGAUUCCAACUUGGUUUUCGCUUCAUUACGAUUGUUGCAAGUCGUUUGUCAUGACACAUUGGGAUAAGCAUGGAAGACCUUACUGGGAUCUCACUAUUAAAAAGGUUUUGGAAACAAAAUUUGAGCUUGAGAAGUGGGCGGAGCCUCAUGUCGAUGCAUUCAAAACCAAAUGGUUUCCAAUUGUGAAAGAACGUUGCUUGGCAGCUGUGAAUGAUUUUGGGGUACAAUUGCAAUCACUUGCUUCUAAAGCCAAUGAUGCAUAUCACACAUCAAAAAAGACACUCGAACCUCAUGUUGUAAGAACCAUGGAGUCUUUGGAUCCUCACAUUCAGGAAGCUAAGAAGUUGGCAAAGCCAUAUGUCGAUCAAGUUUCAACUCAGAUGAAACCUCAUGUUGACAAAGCCCGUGUUUUUCUGAAGCCUUACACGGAGAAAGUCAUUCUUAGCUCCAGAAAAUUCAUGAAAGUUGUGGGGAUAUACCGUCAACAGGUGUCUUAUCACCUUCCUUUUUCUCUCAACCUUUGAUAUGUUCAUUCUCAUUGCUUCUUUGCUAUGUCUUUCUGACCAUAGAAAUGAACUGCUCUAUUGGGGCUUUUGACUCUGCCAAUCAAUGGGGAAAAAAUGCUAAUAAAUGUGGUAAAAUCCCUCCCUACAUACCUCUGGUGGAAUUGGAUCCUUGGAUCUCUAAGAAAUCCACUAAGAGCCUUUAACACUAU